AUGAGCGCAGAAAAUAGCAACAGCGGUAGCGGUAACGAGAAGGCACCACAAGAGAAUACUUCUGCUUCUCCCGAAUUGAACCAAGAAGAUUUACACAAGAUUCAAAAUAUAACUGAAAAGAUUCUAAAUCCAAAUGGCGAGAAUCCCCAGACAAAUGAAUAUAUAAAGGCGACAUUUUCAUACAUUGGCAACGCAUUGAAGAAAAUGCAAGAUACAGACGACAGGGAUGCCACUGCCAAAGAGAUUGCUGAUGACUUGACUUCUAAAUUCGAAAGUUGGGCUGCAACUAAAAAGAAAGAAGAGGAAGAGAAAAGAUUGAAAAGUGAAGAGAAGAGGCAAGAUAACUAA